GGAGAACAUGGAACUUCACCGCGCGGAAUAGCUUCAUUAUUCGACUUUUUGCGGACAGGCUCCCGAGAUCCGUGUGUUGCAGCUUCGAGUUAUACUUCCCGCUUAAUUCCUCUUCUUGAUGUUUUAGGCGCGUCGGCUGCAGAUUGCAAGGAUCACUUUGCAUUCCUACCAUUUGAGCAGUAUAUAUAUACAUCGACUCCACUACAGCUCCGUCGUCAUAGAGGGGGGCACUGACAUUCGGGUGCCAUGGCUCAGGUUUCACGAAUGCCAUGUUGGAUUUCGCGAUGCCGUCUAAAUGCCUACAGAUCUGCUAGAUAUCUCCAAACCGCUUCAGGAACUCAAUCCCAGGAUCUCCCAUACCCCCUUUUCCCUUCCGUCUCGCAAUUGCUUAAUGAGAAAGGCAUAUCCGGCCCGGAUAUCUCCAAAAUACCUGCUUCCGGUCCCAAAGGCCGGCUCCUAAAGGGCGAUGUACUUGCCUACACAGGGGCGAUACCGCAAGACUACCCGUCCAACCUUUCUGCCCAAAUUUCUCAACUCGCGCAUCUAGACCUGAGUAAUAUUAAAAUCAAACAAGGUCUCGCAGAGCCGCAGGCUAAAUCCGUAGCGGCACCUGAACCGACAACCACACCGGCACCACCCAGUCCAGCCGAGCCCUCCCCGCCGAAGGAAACGCAAAUAUCUCUUCCAAUAUCCCUCUCUUCCGUCCUUAGCAUGCAAGAACGCCUCCAGAAGACCCUUGGCAUUACAAUUCCGCUAAGUACCUUCCUCGCCCGUGCCGUAGAUGUAGCCAACGACGCCCUCCCAGCAUCCAUGACCAAAUCCCGCACCCAAUCCGCCGAUGUUCUAUUCGACGAAAUACUCGGGAUAUCCCCAACAAAGGCCACAGCCGCAAACACACACACUUCCCGCGGUAAUUAUGUCCCAGAGAUAACCGCGCCGGAAGAAAUCAUGGUACACCAGCCUCCCUCUGCUUCUCCACGCCGACAAGUUCAUCAUCAGGAACAAGAUAUCAUCGACAUAUUAUCCGGGAAGUCGCAGCUACCAUCGGCAUCUGCAUCCACGCUUAUGCACGGCGAGGAAUCCACAUGCUUCAACUCCGCAGGUCUGGACCUAGCCACCAACAUUUUCAGCAUUAAAGUCCCCCCACCUGAUCGAGUGCGCGGCGAGACCUUCCUGGCACGCCUUCGCGACGUGUUGCAAGAUGAGCCGGAGAGUUUGGUGUUUUAACUUUCUUUUUUUUUUAUGUACUCUUAUUUCUACCUAUACCGGGGAAAAAGUCUUGUAACAGGAAGCGCCGAUCUGAGAUAUGUUUACUAAAAUUUCCAUCCUUCCUCCAUUUGUUGUUUUUGUACUUUUGGUUCCAUUUUGUGUCUAGCUAGCUUGCUACUAAGCUCUGUCCUUUUUAUAUAUAUAAUUUUUCUUUCCACCCAAGGGUUCCCAUUUCCCACCCCCUGUUUCUCUAUUAAUCCUUUCGAUUUAGCACUCUGCUGCUCCCUCGUUUUCUGUAAAACUGAACAAUUUUCUGGUAUCAUGUACUAAAAACAAAGAGCAAAACAAAUAUCCAUCGGAUGGGGAUGGGGAUAAGGAAUAUCACGUCGCCAAUGCAUCGCACUCAUGUCAAUUUUCUAUUUCAGGACGAAAAUGCGAAAAUAGAAGAGCUAGGUGAUACAGAAAUCAUUUCAACAAGUCAACCGGUAAAAUUAUAAAUAAAUACUAAAUAGUAUAUAACUUCUCAAUCACAUUCCCUCCCCUUCCCUUCCUGCAUUUAACAUUCCAUAAGCCCUCCUCAUUCCAACGCUCUCCGGUUCACAUUGCCGGAUUCUAAUGUCCCC